AUUUUUUGGGACUAUUUUUACGGACAGUUGGUGCCUAUUCUGUGAUUCCUCCUGACAGCUGUGUGAUAGAUUUCGAGAGGCAAAAGAAUUCCUUAUCCCUGGACAAUUUUCACUUGACAGGUACCACAUACAGAAAAUGCAGACAGAUUCCUACAUCAUCCAGGUGAAUGGUUCUCCUGUCCACCCUAAAGUCCUCGAUGUUCAUGUUAAUAUUCAGAAGUCUAAUAAUUUUGAAAAUAUCAAAAGUCGAAAGCCAAGAUGGGCUGUGAGAGCAUCAGAAAUGUCAAAAAAGACGUUCAAUCCUAUAAGAGCCAUUGUGGACUCUAUGAAAGCCAAGCCUCAUCCUAACAAGCAAAUGAUUGCCUUAUCUAUAGGUGACCCCACAAUAUUUGGGAACCUGCCUACUGAUGAUGCAGUCAUUCGAGCCAUGAAAGAUGCCAUUGACUCUCAGAAGUAUAAUGGCUAUGCUCCAAGUAUAGGAUAUCAAUCUAGCCGAGAAGUAAUUGCCAAGUUCUACACUUGCCCUGAAGCCCCUUUGGAAGCCAAAGAUGUCAUCCUCACAAGUGGCUGUAGCCAAGCUAUUGAGUUGGCGCUUGCCGUUUUGGCCAAUCCAGGACAGAACAUCUUGGUCCCACGUCCCGGAUUCUCUCUCUACAAGACACUGGCUUUGUCUCUGGGGGUGGAAGUCAAACUCUACAAUUUGAUACCAGAAAAGUCCUGGGAGAUUGAUUUAAAACACAUGGAAUCUCUAGUGGAUGACAAGACUGCCUGCAUCAUCAUUAACAAUCCAUCCAAUCCCUGCGGAUCCGUGUUCAGCAAGAAACAUUUGCAAAAAAUCCUUGCCGUGGCCUCUAGGCAGUGUGUACCCAUCUUGGCUGAUGAAAUAUAUGGUGAUAUGGUUUUUGAGUAUGGGGCAUUUCAGGCAUUAGCCCCACUGAGUACUAAUGUACCAAUCCUGUCAUGUGGUGGUCUUGCUAAACGCUGGUUGGUGCCAGGAUGGAGAAUGGGGUGGAUCCUUUUCCAUGAUCGAAAAGACAUUUUUGGAAAGGAGAUCCGAGAAGGACUUGUGAGACUGAGUCAAAGGAUCCUUGGACCAUGUACCAUCGUUCAGGGAGCUCUGGAUCACAUCAUGAAAAGGACCCCUCAGCAUUUUUAUGAAAACACCAUAAAUUUUAUUAAGUCUAAUGCUGACCUAUGCUACAAUACGCUAUCCUCUGUCCCUGGACUUUGCCCUGUGCGACCAGCAGGAGCCAUGUAUUUAAUGGUCGGUAUUGACAUGGAACACUUCCCAGAAUUUGAGAGCGAUGUGGAUUUCACAGAAAGAAUGAUCUCUGAACAGUCAGUCUUCUGCCUCCCUGCUACAUGCUUUGAAUAUCCUAACUACUUCCGGGUGGUCCUCACAGUUCCUGAGGACAUGAUGGUUGAGGCCUGCCUGCGUAUCCGUGAAUUCUGCACAGAGCAUUAUCAAGGUGGAGAUGCCAUGCAGGACCUGGAAUGUGACAAAUGAGCAGCGAGCCGAAAUCUUCACUGUGUGAAAUUCCUCAAUAACUCCACCAUGGCCUCCUAAGCCCAAAACGGGCAACAUACUUCCAGCUAUACUCCAUGUCCAACUAUAUAUCCUGUUUUCUGUAUGUUUUGUUGUCUCUGACAAUACACAAUCUUUCCUGUUCCUGACAUAGCAGUAUAGUAUUUACUAAUAUGGGCCCAAAGAUGUGGAAAGGGCCUGUAUAGAAAUGUACUCGUAUUACUACAGGCAAACGUUUUAUUUUUGUAUGUCCUGUUAUUUAUUAUUAUUAUCAUAUGAUUGCAUUUUAGUCAAAUUGCACCAGAGUUGUCACCCACCUUUUCUUCAUUCCUGAAUGGUAAACCUGCCCUAUUAUGCAAUGAGAGAUCCUUUUGCAUCCAUAACUAGGUAAACUCAGUCGGAAAGAUUUGUGACAACCGCUGUGUACAUUAUAAUGUGAGUAAUAUUGGUUACUUUUUUACUGUCUAUAAUAUUCCAAACUGGGGAGAUAGGAGUAGAGCAACAGAAAACCAUUGGUUUCUAACUUAAUCAUUAAAGACCUGAAAUGUAAAAAAAAAGAGAA